AUGACAGAAGAGGCGGACCUGUGGCUGCAUUCUCACACUUGGUUUCACUAUGCGCUCGUAAAACGGCUCCGUCUACUACAAACGCGGCGGUGCAGGUGCUCUGUCUCUUCGGGAGAGGAUGCGGAUGGAAGGACGGGGGAGGGAAGGGAUGAAGGGAAACGCCACGAGGAAAGAAAAUAGGAUAUGAAAAGGGGCUUUUGUUAAGAGACCGUGAGGUGCAAGGUCGAAUAUGAGAGAUUGGUUGAACGGGGCACUUUGCGUGGUAAUAGCUGGUCGGCAAUAGUACUAUGAUUUGGUAUGUGGCCACUCUGAUAGCAAGUGUAUUCAGCACCAGAGGAACGGCCGCUCAAGGUGCCCACGGAGUGAGAGAGGAGCCCCGGUUUGUGACGGCGCGCGCCGGAGAGAGCGUGAUCCUGGGGUGUGACGUGUCCCCUCCCCUGGACGGCCAGCAGCCCCCCUAUGUGGUGGAGUGGUUCAAGUUUGGAGUGCCUAUCCCCUUCUUCAUCAACUUCCGCUUCUACCCUCCUCAUGUGGAUCCAGAGUACACUGGUAGAGCCUCUCUGCACGGGAAGGCCUCCCUACAGAUUGAUCCAGUGCGCUCCGAGGACCAGGGCUGGUACGAGUGCAGGGUCCUGAUGCUGGAGCAACAGUACGACACCUUCCACAACGGCAGCUGGGUGCACCUCACAGUCAACGCCCCCCCUACAUUUACAGCGACGCCGCCGCAGUAUGUGGAGGCGAAGGAAGGGGGAAGCACUCUGCUUAGCUGCUCUGCCCAGGGAAAUCCAAAACCAAUGAUCAGCUGGCUGAGGGAGGGGGAGGAGCUCGCUACCAAUGCAAAAUAUUCGGUACAUGAUGGCAGUCUAACCAUCCUUGGCAUCACUAGAGACGACAGAGGGGCGUACACAUGCCGAGCCUACAGUGACCAGGGAGAGGUGCUCCACACUACCCGUCUGCUGGUACAAGGGCCUCCAUACAUCGUCUCUCCACCAGAAAACGUCACUGUAAACAUAUCCCAGAAUGCACUCUUCACCUGCCAAGCGGAGGCGUAUCCUGGCAACCUGACCUACACCUGGUUCUGGGAAGAGGACAACGUCUACUUCAAGAAUGAUCUGAAGCUCCGAGUGCGCAUUCUCAUCGACGGCACCCUUAUCAUCUUCCGGGUCAAGCCGGAGGAUGCUGGGAAAUACACCUGCAGUCCGAGCAACAGCCUCGGUAUCUCGCCCUCGGCAUCAGCCUACCUGACUGUUCAGUACCCUGCCCGAGUGAUCAACAUGCCCCCGGUCAUCUACGUCCCACGGAAACUGCCAGGCAUCAUCCGCUGCCCGGUGGACGCCAACCCUCCUGUGACAUCAGUGAAGUGGGAGAAAGAUGGCUAUCCUCUCAGAGUGGAGAAGUACCCCGGUUGGAGCUUGAUGCCAGAUGGAAGUAUCCGGGUGGCGGAGGCUACAGAAGACUCCCUGGGCACCUACACCUGUGUGCCUUACAACGCCCUGGGUACCAUGGGCAUGUCCCCCCCUGCCACUUUGGUGCUAAAGGAUCCCCCUUACUUUAAUGUGAGGCCUGGGGGGGAGUACCGUCAGGAGGCUGGGAGAGAGCUAGUUAUCCCUUGUGCUGCUUCUGGAGACCCUGAUAUACCAACCAUCACCUGGAGAAAGGUGGGGAAGCCAAGCAAGAGUAAGCACAACAUCCUACCCAGUGGCAGCUUACAGUUUCUGUCCCUCAGCAAGGAGGACCACGGAGAAUGGGAGUGUGUAGCCACCAAUGUGGUCACAAGCAUCACUGCCAGCACGCGUAUCCUAGUCAUCGGCACCAGCCCACACGCUCCUGGCAAUAUCCAUGUAUUGCCCUCAACAACCUCUGCUAAUGUGUCCUGGGAACCAGGAUAUGAUGGCGGCUUCGAACAGACGUUCUCUGUGUGGUACGGUCCAGUGUCAAAGAGAACAGACUUCGGUCCUCACGACUGGCAUUCGAUGCCAGUUUCUGGUGCUCAGACGUGGUUGGUGGUGCCAGGGCUGGAGCCUGGGACAGAGUACCAGUUCAGUGUGUUGGCGCAAAACAAACUGGGCACGGGCCCAUUCAGUGAAGUUGUGACAGUCAACACUGCAGGCUCUCCUCUGGGUACCCCAGAACCACUGGUGCUUCUUACUCCACCACGGUGCCUCACAGCCAAUCGCACGCAGCACGGUGUCCUCCUCACAUGGCUCCCUCCAGCCAACCACUCCUCGCCCAUCGACCGAUAUAUCAUGGAGUUCCGCCUCGGGGAGAGGUGGGAGGUUCUGGAUGACCUGAUCCCAUCCACUGAGACUGAGCUCAUAGCUAGAGACCUCGUUCAGGAGUCCUGGUAUGAGUUUCGAGUGAUGGCUGUUAUGGAUGACCUGAUCAGUGAGAGCAGCAAUGUAGUGGGAGUGUCCAGCACAGAUCCCUUCCCCCCUGCGGAGUUGCCUGAUGAGGGGCUGGCGCGGCCGGUGGUGGCGGGUGUUGUGGCAACUAUCUGUUUUCUGGCAGCGGCAGUACUGUUCAGCACUCUAGCAGCAUGCUUUGUCAAUAAGCAACACCGUCGCAAACUCAAGCGUAAACCAGAUCCUCCCUUGUCGGUGACACACUUCAGGAAAAGCAUUGAGUCACCGCCUCCUCUCACCCCCUUGCCAGGGGUAGAGCCCUGCUGGGACGAGCCUGCCAGGAGCAGUUUCUUGCCCCCGCCCGCCAGCCCCCUGCUGUCAUCGGGGAAGAUAAGUCCAGAGAGCUCUCCUCCAUCUCGUCCCCGCUCUCUGUCUUCGGAGGGUUCCCAAGGUCCGGGCCUGUACGUCAGGAAGCUGCCCAGCCCUCAAAGAGAACGAGAGAAAGAGCUCUCCUUCUACAAGAAAACCAAGCGUGCCAUAGCCAGCAAGAAAUACAGCGUGUCCAAGCAUGAGGCAGAGGUCACCACGCCUAUUGAGCUGAUAAGCCGCGGCCCUGAUGGCCGCUUCGUCAUGGAGAGCCCACCGCCCCGCCGCAUCCACGGCUUCCCCUUCGCAGAGGAGUCUGACAUGUACCCUGAGUUCCGGCAGUCUGAUGAGGAGAAUGAUUUUGACCCUGGGCCUCUGCCGCCCAUCAUGCCCACGCUGCGGCCCCAGCUCUCCCCAACGUCCUCCAGCCUGGAGUCAACGCAGCCCCCCACCUACAGCCCCCGCCUACACAGGGCCAUGGAAGGUAUGAGCUUUGCAGAGGGCAGUGCACUUCACGCCUCAGGGCAGGCCCCGGCCUCCCGCUACAGGGGCUUUCCCCAGGGCCCAUUCUAUGGGUAUCUAGGCAGCCGUGUUGAAUCAGGGAUUCCACCACCAUUCUACAUGCCUGACAUCAGCCCGCGUAGCUCCGCUCUGUCCUCCCCCCCAGGCACCGCCGAGGGGCCCUUUGGUUAUCCGUCCAUCCCUGAGGAGAGUGGAGAGAUGGAGCACCAUCAGUACACUGCCUCUGGCCAUUCUCUGUCUCACACACACAGCCCUCCUCCUCGCUCUCCUGAAAGCUGGCAGCCUCAUGAGUUACCCUUCAUGGGUCUAGAGGGUCCACGGUUCAUAUACCCACCUCACCAUCCCUUACAUCAUCCACAGGACCUCCCUGACCCACCCCCAUACCCUCCUCACUCUCUUCCCCCCAGUCGCCUGCACCUCCCUCCACUAAAGGAUCCAACAAGCCCUGGACUCCUGCAGCUGGAGGUCCCUGUGGCUCCCCCAGGCAGAGACAGGCCCCUGGGGCCUCCGGUUAGGCGUUUAGCUAUGCAACAGGCCCAGAGUCUCGGCCAGCUCAGACACACGGCCCACGGUGUGGGUGUACCAGUGUUGCCUUACCCUGACCCGGCAGCCCGUGCAGGGAGCCCAAGCACAGCCCCCAGUAGUAGCCCUCAGUCCUGGCUCAGCCCGAGGGAGGGGCGCCGGGCAGACCCCAGCCUACCCCCGCUAGUACUCCAGCCCUCCCGCCUCUCUCCACUCUCCCAAAGCCCCCUUAGCACCCAGCCGGGUUCCCCGGAUAUUCUAGUGCGGCCCCCUCCGCGCCCCAGCAUCCUCCGCACCUCUCGGUCUCUGGAGAUGCCUGAGAUCACCCUGCAGCCCUCGGCCACUGUCAGUUUCUCCCGGAGGUCCUCCCUGACCGCCUCUCCCACUCAGAGCCAGGGCGCCAGGCAACCCAGUCCCAGUUACCACGCCCACAUGUCCUAUGCCUCCACUGCAGCCAGUUAUCCCUCCCAGUCCCCCUCUCCCCCUCUGGAGGGCAGGGAUGUUUUCGGGCAGAGGCCAUCCCAGAGAAGGACAGAGGAGGAGAUGCUACCCUCAGAGCCCUCUCAGCUCCAGAUAUCAGCCUCAGGGGAACCUCUAGGUGCGUCUAGUGAUCCUGCCGGGUCUGAGAGCUUACCAGCACUGCUACACCACUGUAUUACUAAAGCCAAGGGAGUGGCUGCCAACAACAAUAACAACACAACCUCCGGAAGUAGAACAGGUGUGUGUCCCUCUCAGACCCAGCAGCAAUCUCAGACACCCCAAGAGGGAGAGGAUCUCCGCAGAAAGAGGAAAAGGCAAAACAAGAAGAACCCCUAUCUCUAUUUGACCUCCUUCCUGCACCGCAGGAGGUCUGAGGAGGACCAGACAGGCAUACUGGCCAGUGCAGACUCCGAGGGCCCAAAUUAUGGGACUCUCCGCUGACCCGUGUGCCCACCAAGCCAUUGGACUCGACUAAACUGACCUCCCCUGAAAAAGUAACCCCACCUCAGCCCUCCCUGCUCCGCCUCGGUCUCUAGCUAAUACAUUUCUUAUAAUCUCUAAAAGUUAAUCGGCGUUUUGGGGAGCGGGAAACAUCCAGCUGACUACUCCGGGAGGUUGGGAAUCUCAUUUGAAGACAAGAACAAUGGCUUUUCUGAGUUGUCACCACCACUUGUCUCUGAGGAAUUUCACUUGAAAAUGCUCUGAAAAUAUAUAAUGUAUAUAAAUAGUAAAAACAAGGGAAUUAAGCUUCCUCCUACAGUAAUAAAAAUGUGUUGGUUGAGUAUGUCACAACACGUUUAAGAUUUUUCACUCACUGGUCAUUGAGGGGUCCAUCUCUUUAGGUUUUUCAGUGAUACAGUGUACUGUGAAGCCUGGUGCGUCCUCGGACACGGACAUGAGUCUACCUUUCCUACAAUACAAAUAGUGUCAGUAUUUAAACACAGGGUUCUUACCACAAAAUAUACCUCAGAGUAAACGCAGAGUUGCUGUAAUUCUUGUGGUAUACUGUACGUACUUGACCUUUUUACAUAUGAAACGUAUGGAUAAAAAGGUUUAUAUCACACUCCGCACUCAUUCAGACAGAUAAUAUGGCCUAACUUUAUCUAAUUUAGAAGCUUUUUACUAUCAGUAACGGCUGGCAUCUUGUGUUUCUUUCCAUGUAUGAUCCAAUGCCAACUCCAGUGCUUGAUGGCUCAGUGUGUUUACACUUAUCAUUACAGCACCGCAUUAAGAUCAUAGCCUUCAUGAGAGCUCUCAAGAUAAUUUGGGACUUACACGCUCGACAGAGGUUGGACUCGUAGGGUUAGAAGAACAGGGUGAUGAAUUGUGAAGUGUACUGUAGUAUGUAUUUCAUUAUUGAGGAAUCAUUUGUGAAAUGUGGCACGUCUCGAGGUGCCUUUUUUUGCCUUUUCUCUCUUGUUUUUUCUAACAUAAACUGCCUUUUCCUUCGCCUUCUCAUAUGUUUCUCUUCUGGGGGGCGGGAGUGAGGGACUCCAAUAUUCUGUGUUUUUACUUUCUCUGCCAAGGACACAUGAGAGAAAAUGCUACGGAAAAUGCAUAACUCUUGUUUUUUUUGUGUUUGUUUUUUGUUUGUUUUUUUAACAUUUAUAUUUUAAAUGGGUACCUGCUUCAACUGUGUAUAUCUAAGUAAUAGGACAGAACCAGAAUACCCAUACAAAUAAAAAAAAAAGCUUAAAUUCAAAAAAUGGCAAAUAAAUCCAAUAGCUUCAGUGGAAAAAUACAGAGGCACUGCGCAUGAGUUUUCAUGCAAGAAAGAACAAACCAGUCGAGUAAGUACGUUAAUGUUUAACAGCAGCUGUUAGAGGAGAAUGUGAUUGCUUCAUAAAGCUGUUAACAAGCAAUGGGAAAUCUUCAAACAAUGGCCACCCUGACUGUUUAUCUUUAACAACUGUAUAUUACUUGCUAGCUACUUCUCUGUAUGUUUGUUCAUUUCUUUCGACACUAACCGAUAAUGAAUGUAUGUUUUGCUGUACAGGAAAUGAAUGUCCCGAUGUCACAGUACAUUGAAUGACCCAUUACGUUGUUUAUAGUGCGGCUGCGAUUGGUGAGCUGACCAGCUGGCACACGAAGUCCAAAAUUGUUUAACUUCUCUGUGUGUUAUUCCUGUAUGUGGUAAUAACUAACGGGCCCCCACACAAGUUCUGAGCCAAGCUUUCUUUACUUCCGACAGCUACGAAACAACUGAGUUCCUUUUCCUGCUAACGCUAGGCCAAUAGAGUGCUGCAGGAAUGAGUCUUAAUACCCGAAAAUGACUUAGCAUUUUAGCACUCCUGUUUCCCUUGUCUCAAAGUCAGUGGGUGAGAUGCCUGAAAUAAGGUCUGUGGUACACUCAAGCAUAAGAGACUUUCAGGUUUUGUUCUACGGCAUAAAAUUUGUCAGUAAAUACCCCACUUGAAAAUUUUAAAGACUUUAAGUGUAUUAAAAAUGAAAGUUGCUAACAAGUAGCUGAGUAAGACUAGGCUAAGUCUUAGCCUAACGUUAGCCUUAUGCUACUGGUGAUUGCAUUCUCAAAAAUCGUAAAAGUGGUGUUAGUUUGUAAAGAUUAUCUUGCCGAACAAAACAUAUAAGUCUCAUAAACUUUUUGUUUGCCUCAGAGCUUAUUUUUUGCAGUCAUCCAAAAUCCAAUGGAAAAAUCCUAUCGGCCAAGGCGACCCUGACACCCGUGUUGGCGCAUCCCUGCAGCACUCUAUCACUCAAAGUCACAUCAGAUAUGUUUCCAUCUGCUGCGAACAAAUCAGAGGUCUAAUAUCCACAUGAAUGAAUCGACUCAAUGUCUGCAUACUGAAAUCUCUUUUGACAAGUGAGAGAGUGAUGAUUGCCUGAAAGUGAGCGUCAACGCGCAUAUUCUACUUUAACAAAUUGGUUUCCUGUAAGAUACGAGUAAGAAAAAAAAAUCUAUAUUUGUUAUGUACUGUACAUGGUAUGUAUUGUAUUUGUAAAGAUGAAUCAAACCAUGUUUUACAGGAAGACGUUCUUGUAUGAGGGUGUAUGAAAAGACGGGGAAGGGAUCCCAAGGAAAAAGAAAUUAGAUUAUAUAUAAAAGUAUUUGCUUACAGUACGGCUUUAAGUGGAUAAUGUUUCUAAAACAUUUUAAGGUGCCUCAUUUGUCAUACUUUAGCAGACAUUAUUUUAUCUGAGAAGAAAAGAAACCUUAAUGUUAGUACCGUACAAUGUAUUAUUGCCAUAGCCCGCUGGCUGCACAAGUUAAAGUAGUAUUUUCUCUGAUGUAUAGUACGUGAAUGCCCAUUGGACAAAGCUUUAGAAGCAGAAGUGUGUUGCCCUCUAUAAUAAUAUCCCUGGAACCAAGUAAUACUGUAUUUUGCCCGUUCAUGAGCACACAUGUAGAUUCACUCCAGAUCGUUUUCGCCUUCAGGUGUCCAAAGCAAAUAAACUGAAGGAAACUUUUUUCUAAGAGUCACAGACAUGCUAUAGUCAUGUACAAUACGUGCUGUGGAGGAAAUUGUGUUUACAUUAGUUUGAUAAAGAAAAAGUGUGUUAGGGCAUAGUUGCUUUGAACAUUACGACUUGGUGCUAUGUUUAACUUUGUGGUGCUGUAGAAUAGAGGUCUAAAGAUUUUUUUUUCUUUUUUUUGUUCUGUUUCCACAAGCAACUCUUUCGGCCCUGUGUGUUUGAGCAACUAAACUAGCUCCGGUAGACACUAUAGGUCCUUAUCAUAACAGUAUCAUGGUGUGAUGACAGUGAUAGACAAUACUGGAAAAAUAAGUAGUAUAACCUCAAAUAAUAGAGACUUGUGACAUUCAGAUGAACUCAAGAUGACCUGUUUUCUAUAGUGUGUUUGCAAUGUCUGUCUGUGCUUCCAAGGUACCCUCUCUAAAGUAUAUUUGUGAUGAUAUUGAGAAUAUUAACCCAGCCUAAAAAGGAGAAACAUAACCUGAUUUAGAUUAGUACAUGACCACGGGACGCGUGGGAGGGAAUCUGAGAGCAUCGUCAGGUCACGAGGGGAUCUUUUCUACACACUUCCUGUUAGGUCUACCAUCUUUGGUUAACAGCACUGUUUUCAAGCACACUACUGCAGGGGCGUAACCGUCUCACGUCAUCUCACCACCCUUUUUGACGGUAGAAUUCCUACUAGUACUGUACAGUAUAGCCAUGAGUCACACCACAUUUGUAUUUAUUGCCGAUUCUCCUGGUAGAAAGGAAAGCUCAUACAUCCUCUCCGUGGGUUUUAAAAACGAAUGGAUGUCGUCUUCCGGGCUCUUUUUUGCAUUUUCAACAGAAACAUGUACAGCGUUUAAGAGGGCUGCUUUGGACGUACUGUUAGCUCUUUUUUUUUUGUUUGUUUGUUUUGUUUCUGUUUGUUUUUUUCUGCUUACAGCUUUUAGUGCAUCACUAGGUGCUGGUAGGAUGAUACUUAGAACCAAUUUGAUUUUUUAUUGUAUUAAUCUUGCAUGUAGAGACAAUACAGAAAAAGAGAAAAAAAAAAACAAAAA